AUGGCUCAGCCACCACCGGUGAACACACCAGCGAAGACGAAACACGCAGGUUUUGGACCUUUAUCUGACUUCCACGCUCCGACAAUCAGUAGAACUCCUUUUUCGCCGAAGCACAACAUUGAAGGAGUGAGCGAUGAGAUGAACACGGUCGAGUCUCAGAACUCGGAUCACGCCCCUGCUCAAAGACGGGUUCAGCAACUUGAUCAUGUAGAUGCCUCCUACUGGGAUCAGAACAGAGGAGGUAAGUGA